AUGUCUUCACCAACACCUGAUCAUAAAAGAAGGCCACCGCCAAUCGCCAUUCCACAGUGGCCUCCAUCGUGGACAGUACCUAGGCCACAUGCCACGAUCAACGCACCUGCUCAGACAAAGGGCAGCGGUCAGCAUACUCAACGCUUUGCUUCUACGUCAACUCAACAAGCUGCGCGCUCCGGCGCAAACACUCCGCUGACAUCCCCGUUGGAGUUCGAUGAAUCUCGUUCAAAGUCUGGUUCUCAGACAAGCAGGCACCGCUCGACGGCGAUGACUACACUCUCUGACCUCAUGGACCAAGCGCGUGGCUCACCGCGCAAGUCAGACUACGGCUCAGUACCCAGUCGACACAAUUCGACUGCGCGGUCUAGGCAGUCUGAGCGUAGUCACCGCAGCGCCACAGCUGCUCAAGCCAGACUUGAGGUGCUGGAUGAGGACGAGACCACCCUUAGGUCUCAAAUUGAAUCACGCACGGAGAAGAAGCUGUUUAAGAUGACUGGCCAAAUCCCUCCCACGCCUACCUCUGGGGCCAUGGAUCUAGACAGAGUUUUCAUUCGAACCGAAGAUCUACGCGCUCAGUGCAGGGCUGUCAGUAGCGAGAAACAAGACGAAAGCGACGAAUCUACCAAAAGCCCCAAGAAGAAGCUGUUUGGUGUCAGCCUCCCCACCUUUGCUAGAGCAUCUGUGACGAGUACAACACCGGCUAUGCCAACCAAGGCUGCACAGGUUCUAGGAGUCCAUGCAACACCUGCACACAAACCACGACGCAUCCAGCCACGUCCGAUAAAGUCUGCUCAGGUCGUAAAGACGCCUACGAAGAUCUCCAGGUCAGGCACAGUUGGGAAGCUUUUACCUGCAAACACCCGGAUCAACCGCAGCACACCUGCUCGUGGCAACCGCACGACCGGGCGCCGGUCCUCGGAGAAAGAUAAUACACCACUACAUGGGCAAACAGCGAGUUCGUCCUUCGAGUCUAUGCCACCUCCGACUCCUCCAGCAAAAGACACGCCUCCCGACUUUCGGCUUCCUACGAAACCAUCAAGCCCACUGCGACGAGCGCCUUCGCACGAUGACCUGCGUGAAAGCUAUGGCACGAUUCCAGAUAGAGGUACUCAGGUGCAACUGCCGUUUCCAAUGUUUGCGCUCACCCCAUCGCCUCCAAAGACUGCCACUCAAGGCAACGGCGGCAUGAGCCCUUCCAAGUUUCGCCCGUACACUGCUGAAGACUACACCAAGCUUAUUGAAGGCGAAGCGCUCCAAUGGCGAUACCCGGACGAAGAAGUGGACAGCGAGGUGAAGGAAGGCAACUUCAGUGCCCCCCUCGCGAAAGAAAGCCAUGAGCUACUGCAGCUCCCUCUAUCAAGUCGCAGUGACGACAACCACUAUAACGACCGACUCGGUCGUCGUUUGAGUCCCCUGCCGCCGCGUUUCUAUUCGCCGUGCGAUCGCUCGGUCCAGCUUUUCAACGAUGGCGAGAGUCCAUCGCGAAACACAGACACUAGUCGCAUGCUUUUCGCACCGCCCAAGCCCAAACCCAGCCUCAUUCAUCUCCGCGAGGACUCCAACAACGGUUCGAUCGAAAUGGUGUACCAAGGUAGUAUGAAGGCAGUUGAGUCCGAUCCAUCCGAGGCGCAGGCAACGAACGGCAGUGAUGCGCAGACACAGGAGGUACAGGCACAGACUGCCCAGCAGCAACGCGACGACAACGAGCUCACAGCUAGAGUUAAGCAAGAGCUUCGCAUCGGCGAGCAACAGUCAACCCCUGGGACAACUGGACGUCGCGCCCACCUCCAGCCAGACAUCUCCUCGUCGAAGCUCACAGAUAUACUGAAUGGCGCACCCUCAAGAAACGACUCGAACGGCGACUUCCGCGCCUUUUGUCCAAGUGCCGUUCCAAGCCCUCUUCAUAAGCUAAAUGGACCUCAUGUUCCAAUGCAACCCAUCCCCACGCUUCGCGGUGGUAACGGUACGCCCAUCGCUGGACCCUUCAUCUCUCCACGUACCCACAAGACUAUCGAGGACCACUUCUUCAUGACCAACGAGCAUCUGGAUGUAGUGGGCAAAACCACCUAUGACGCUCUCGAUAUGUAUACCCAACAACAGAUCAGCGCAGCAAAUGCAAAGCACGAGCAGCUAGUGGCCACCCUCGACAAGCACGUCGAAGACCUCCAGUCUCAGAUCGGUUUAGUCAAUGACAAGGCUGACGACGCGUCCAACCAGACGCACAAUGUCAGUCUCAAGCUGGACCAGCUUGAGAAGUUCCUCAAGGAUGAGGUGAUCGGUGCCAUGAAGGAGCAGACAAAGAAGGCAGCUGAGGUAGAGUUGAGUCUCAAAGACAUGCAGAAAGCAAUGGCACAUAUGCAGCAGACGGUGGAGAAGCUCAAUGAGUCGAAGACCUCGCAGCACCACCCAGCUACCAACACCUUGCCCACCUCUGGCGCAACAACCCUGACGUCCCACGCUGCACCUACGCAUCACUCGCAGCCUACCCUCAACAGUUACUACGACGCAGUCCGCGAUGAGCAGUCGCCAAUGCCACCUGUGCAACACCGCAAUGUCUCCGACAAUUACGAAUCCCACGGUGAUCAACGUGGCAGCUACGGCGCCAAUUGGCAGUCUCAAGCAUGGAAUGGGCGUUCUACGUAUCAUGGUCGUAACAAAGGGGAGGCAUCUUCGUACGCAGGUUCUAACCCGUACCAAUUUGGCAACGGCGGACAGUACAACAACAGCUACAUGAACGGCUACCCAUCAGACUACUACUCCCCGACCAGCCCUGAGCAGUCCUAUCCUUACGGUAGGAAGCCAGCUCAGCGGUAG